AUGCUGAUUUGGACGAAGACAUUGCCCAUCUUAGAGGAGUACCAGAUGCUGGAAUUCUUCGCUGGGAAGGCCCAACUCUCAACUUGCAUGAGAGCCUCUGGCUAUCGCACUGCAAGCUUCGACAUUCUAUAUGAGGAUGGGCGAACGGAUUCCCACAAUAGCAACUUUAUGGAUAUCAACUCACCCUCUGGCUUUGCGUUGUGCAUCCACGCCCUGAUCUCGACGACUGAAAAGUUUCUGGCCUCUUUUGCGCUGAAAUGCUCCAGCUGGUCGGCAAUUAACCAGGGUACUUCACGGAGGGCCCCAUGUGCUAGUUUGGGAUUGGCUGGCUGCCCAAGUGUUGAUUCUGCAAAUACAAUGGCAAGCCGGACAUGCCUGUUGCUGCUACUUGUUACAGCUCUUGGGGGUGCAUGGUUGCUAGAGCAGCCCGAAAACUCGGUCCUGGAGUUCUUCCCUCCAUUCCAAACCCUGCUGAAAAUGAUGUUCGAAACAUGCAAUGCAACAGCAGCAUUUCGUGUGAAGUGGUACAUGCAGAUGUACGGAGGCUUGACCAUGAAGCCCCACUACGCAUGGGCGAACUCAGCUUCGGUCCGGCAACUAGAAACUCCGGCUCCCAAACGGAAACGUCAGGAUGACGAUCAGCCCAAAGUCAAAACAUGUGAGCAAUACGUGAACAAGGAUGGUAAGACCUGCUACCAUGGUAACAAAAACCUGCGAAGGACUGAGGAGUAUCCUGUGAGAUUUGGCUUCAAGCUGGUCGACAUGUACCCUGAAAUGACAAGCAGCCCCAUGGGAAGAGCGCCUUUUCCCAAUGAGAGUGAGGUGCCCCCGGCGUUGACCUCGUUCUUACUCAUGGAGGACACUGCAGGUUACUUAGAAUUUUCUAGGAUUGACGAAGUCUUCAAUUAUUUAAGGCGGGGCAAACAUCUUUUGAUUCCGGCCCAUUGGCGGGAGCACGUGCCAAAACCCAUGUAA